UAUAUGCAGCUCUCGCAGCAUCAACAGCAGCUACACUUAGUUUUCUUCUCUAUUUAACUAUUUAAUUAAAUAAGAAAAAUAUAGAACUAGGGUUAGGGUUUUGCUGUUUAAUCCGCUUUCAUGGCGGAAGACGAAGAAUCUAUGAAUAAACCUAUCAUCGCUGACGAGCAAAAACUCGAUAACGUUACCGGAUUGGGUGCCACGUCACCAUCACUGGUAGUUGAGGAUGAUACGGCUUUGCCGGCACCGGAGGUGGGCCCACCAGUCGAAGAAUCAGAGGUUGCCGUAGACAGUUCACAGCAGCCUGGCGUUGGUGAUGCAUCGAUGGGAGAAUCAGAGAGCUCUCAGCAGGGUAAUGGUGAUGCUGAGGAAGUUGAGGUGGUUAGGGUGACUGAAAAUGAAGCGGUGACAGAGGAAAAUGUAACGGCUUUGGAGAAAGAUGAGGUGACUGAGGGGGCCUCGGUGAGAGAUGAGUUGACGGAGGAAAAUGUAACGGCUUUGGAGAAGGAUGAGGUGACAGAGGUGGCUUUAGAGAAAGAUGAGGUGGCAGAGGCAUUGAAAGUCACAAAGGGCGAAGCAGAAAGUUGUAUGUCAGAGGGUACUGGUGAUGAGAAAGUGGUCAUGACUACAAUGGGAACUGAGAAUGAUGAAAUUUUGGCUGGAAAUGAUAAUAUUGAGGGGACGGAGAAUGGUGAAACAGUGACAGAGAUAAAUGAUUCAACUGUUGAAGGUAGUGUAGGUUUAGGGAAAAAUGUGGAAAUGGAGGAAGUUAAGUGCGAGGAAGUGGGAAUUACUCCUGUUGUGUUAGAUGAUUCAGGAGGGAUCACUCUAGAAAAGGAAGCUGAAGCAAUGGAAACUGACAAUAAAACUGCUAAUGCAGAAGAAAAUGAUGAUAUGGUGUCACAUGUAGAUAUUGCAGCUGUUGAAGCUAGAGUAGAAUCGGAGAAAGAUGUCGAAAUGGAUACAAUUAAGCAUGAAGAAGUGGAAUAUCCUCCUCUAGAUGAGGAGGACAAAGGGGCAGGUGCUGAGGACGAGACUGCUAAUGGGAAAAAAGUGGCAGUGACUCAAAAUGAGGAAGAUGAUGAAAUGGCGACACAGGUAGAUAUUUCAGCUGUUGAAGCUAGAAUAGAGUCUGAGAAAGAUGUCGAAAUGGAUACAAUGAAACAUGAAGAAGAGGAAUCCGUUCCUCUAGACGAGGAGGACGAAGGGACAAAACGUGAAGAAGAGGAAUCUGUUCCUCUAGAAAAGGAGGACGAAGGGACGAAACAUGAGGAAGAGGAAUCCGUUCCUCUAGAUGAGGAGGACGAAGGGACGAAAUAUGAGGAAGAGGAAUCUGUUCCUCUAGACGAGGAGGAUGAGGGGACGGGUGCUGAAGACGAGGCAGCUAAUGCAACUCCUACUGAAAUAGAGUCUGAAAGUGAAAUGACUGAAUCGGGAAAAUCCUCUGGAGGAAAGAGGAAGAGGAAGAAUACUAAGAGUACUGGGAAGUCCAAGUCUGGAGGAAGAGCUUCAAGUAGGAAGACUAUAGGAGAGGAUGUUUGCUUCAUUUGCUUUGAUGGAGGGGAUUUGGUGCUAUGUGACCGUAGGGGUUGUACCAAAGCAUAUCAUCCUUCGUGUAUUGACAGGGAUGAGGAAUUUUUUCGUGCCAAGGGUCGUUGGAAUUGUGGUUGGCAUCAGUGUACUAUUUGUCAGAAGAAUGCUUGCUAUUUGUGCUACACAUGCACAUUUUCAUUAUGCAAGGGGUGCAUCAAAGACGAUGUCAUCCUAUGUGUAAGAGGAAACAAGGGAUUUUGCAAGAACUGCAUGAGAAUGGUCAAGCUAAUAGAAGGCCUUGGUAAAGAAGAGAAUGAUGGUCCGAUAGAUUUUGAUGACAAGAGUAGCUUUGAAUAUCUGUUCAAGGACUACUUAAUGGAUUUAAAAGUGAAGCUAUCUUUAUCUUCAGAUGAAAUUGCUGAUGCCAAAAGUCCUCGGAAGGGAGCUGAUGUGUCAGCUUCUAAACAAGAUCUGUCUCAGGCACAACGUGACAAUAAUGAUGAUGGAGGUUCUGGUUCAGAUGCAUCCAUUGACACAUUGGAAGCAAGUAAAACCAAAAGAAGAAAGCUAAGAAAACGAUCGAAAUCUGUCAGAAAGGAAGAGGAUGCCGCAACUACGGCUGUUACUAUUAGCGAAGGCUUCUCCACAGCUGGCACCACUGAGUGGGCAUCAAAAGAGCUGCUUGAAUUUGUUAAGCAUAUGAAAAGUGGUGACACUUCUGUUCUUUCUCAAUUUGAUGUGCAAGCUCUGUUGCUCGAAUACAUCAAAACAAACAAACUGCGUGACCCUCGUCGUAAAAGUCAAAUUAUAUGUGAUUCAAGACUUGAAAGGCUAUUUGGAAAAGCACGUGUUGGGCACUUCGAGAUGUUGAAACUACUUGAGUCUCAUUUUCUUAUGAAAGAGGAUUCUCAGAUUGAUGAUGUUCAAGGUAGUGUAGUUGAUACAGAAUUUAAUCAGUUUGAAGCUGAUGCAAAUGCUGACACUCCUACAAAGGGAGUCAAAGACAGGAAACGUAAACGUAAGAAAGGUGAAAAUAGGGGACCUCAAUCAAAUCUUGAUGAGUAUGCAGCUAUUGAUGUGCAUAACAUCAGCUUAAUUUACCUACGACGAAAAUUGGUGGAGGACCUUCUUGAAGAGAAUGACAAAUUCCAUGAAAAAGUUGUUGGAACCUUUUUGAGAAUACGAAUUUCUGGUAACGUUCAGAAGCAAGACCUUUAUAGGCUGGUGCAAGUUGUAGGUACAAGCAAAGCCGCUGAACCAUACAAACUUGGCAAGAGGACAACUGAUAUUCAGCUGGAGAUCUUAAAUCUGAACAAGACUGAGGUUUUAUCAAUUGAUACAAUCUCAAAUCAAGAUUUCACAGAGGAAGAAUGCAAGCGUCUGCGCCAGAGUAUAAGAUGUGGACUCAUUAAUAGACCAACAGUGGGUGACAUUCUUGACAAGGCCAUGGAAAUACAUGCAGCAAGAGUUAAUGAGUGGCUGGAAUCAGAGAUAUCCCGUCUCUCUCAUCUUCGUGAUCGAGCUAGUGAGAAAGGGCGCAAGAAGGAACUUAGAGAAUGUGUAGAGAAACUACAGCUCUUGAAGACCCCCGAUGAGCGUCACCGUAGACUUGAGGAAGUUCCAGAAAUACAUGCAGAUCCAAAAAUGGACCCAAGCUAUGAGUCAGAGGAUGAGGACAGUGAAAGUAAUGAUAGACGAGAUGCUUAUAUGAGGUCUAGGGAUUCAGGCCUUAACCGGAGAGGACGUGGGCCAGUUUCUCCAAGAAGCAACUUCUCUCCAAAAGAUUUUUGGGGGGCUGCAGGAAAAUUUUCUUCAAAGAACUUUGAACUAAACAGGAGUUCCUCUGGUAAAAACGUUUUGAGCAGAAGUGAAGAUGGUGUGCAUUCUGGAGGGGGACUGAAUGAAGACACAUGGAUUGAAGGAAGAGAUAAGGAGACAGAAUCUAUGAACAUAGAUAAACCGACUUCUGCUGCUAUUUCUGAGCCAAUGGGACGGAAUAGCCAAUUUUUGUCGAGAAUGGAGUCAUUUUCUGGUGCAUCAUCGGUAUCUUCUCCAGCUACACUCCAGGGUAAGGUUGCAGAAAGUUCCAUCAAGAUCAAUGAAGCUGAAAAAGUGUGGCAUUACAAGGACCCUUCUGGUAAAAUACAGGGACCAUUUUCUCUGGUCCAGUUGCGUAAAUGGAGCAAUACAGGAUACUUCCCUGCUGAUUUGAAAAUAUGGAGAUCUUCAAAUAAACAAGAGGAGUCUAUUCUUUUGACUGAUGCACUGGCAGGGAGGUUUGAGAAAAUGCCAUCAGCAGUUGACAAUAUACUUUCAGCCACUGUUCUGCAAAAUCAAAAUGGAGAGAGACCUCGAGUCAACCAGAAUGUUGGAUCUCAGAAUUCUCGUCGUUUGGUUCCUUCUGGUGGUGGAAUGACUUCUGGUGAUGUUUCUGCGCUUUCUACUGAGAGGUGGAGUAAUGAUGAUUCUUUGAAUCUCCCAUCUCCUACUCCAAAGCAGAAUACUGCCGGUUGGGUUGCGGGAGAUGGGCCAUCUGUUGCAGGUGCAAAUUCGUAUUCUAGUGGCAACAGAAUUCUCCAAUCUCCUCCAGCCCCACCAGAUGAUGGUGUUAAUGCAUCUGCUUCAGUUCAAAAUUUUGGUGGGCCUUCAAUUAGGGGAUCGGAAAAUAAUUAUGUGAAUUCUGGUAGUGAUUUUGGUCUAGUGCCUACUUCUGAACAGGUCAUUGCUGCACAGUCUGGAUAUUCUUUGCAAAAUGCUCAAUCAUUUGCAGCUAGUGAGCAACAGACAGCACUGAUUAAUAGCCAACUUGGUGCACAGCAUGCAGCUCUCCAGUCAGUAUCUCUUAAUUUACAGAACCCUAGUGUGGAUGUCCAUACAUGGGUUGCGGCAGCACCUUCUAAGGGAGAGCCAAACAUUUCUGCUCUGGCACCAGGACAGUCCCAGGGAUAUGGUAAUUGGGGUACUACUUCCUCAUCUGUACAGAAUCUUGCGGGAAAUUUUUCAAAUGCAGGUGCCUCAGUUUUGCCUCAGCCUGAUUAUUGGAGCACACCAGCUCAAGGCAGCCAACAGAUCAUACAGCCUACAACUGUGCCUAGUGUUCCAUGGGGUGCUGGUUUGCAAGAGAAUUCGAGUUCUGCUUCAGCAUUAAGACCUGAGAAUAACACUGGCUGGGGUAUGAUGCCUGGAAAUCCAAAUGUGGGCUGGGGUGGACCUGUACCAGCAAUCAUGAAUGUAAAUUGGGGAGCAGUUCAGGCAAUGCCUCCAGGGACUGUAAAUCCUGGUUGGGCUCCGACUGGGUCACUUCCUGGGAAUGUGAAUCCUGGAUGGGUUGCACAAUCUGGGAAUGCUGGUGUUCAGGGCUUGACGCCUGGGAAUGCCAAUCCAGGUUGGGUUGCUCCAACAGGGAGCAUGGGUUCAACUAUUCAAGGGCCUACAUCUGGUAAUGGGUGGGGUAUGGGAGCUGGAAAUCCUGGAGCACUUGUCCAAAGACCACCACCUCAAGGAGAUUCAAAUCAAGGUAGGGGUGGACCUAAUGGGAAUCGAGGCACAAGAAAUAAUGAUCAGCAUCAAGAUGGGAGAUUCUCUGGUCAGAGGGACAAGGGUAGGAACUGGGAUAGGCAAUCGUCUUUUGGGAGUAGAGGGCCGUCUAGAGGUGGCUUCAAAAAGAAUAAUGUCCCGUGUCCAUAUAAUACAAACAAUCGAUGCAUAAAGGGUGAUAGAUGCAAUUAUCUUCAUGGCUAAUCAGAAGGAAACAGAGUAGUAGUAGGAGUAAAGUGAUUUUGUACAGUGAUUUCGUCUCAGUUGUCUUUAGUAUAUAGGUUAUUUUGGUGUUCUAUAAUUGUAAACUUGUGCAGAUUAGUAGCUCCUCGCCCUCUUCUGAUCUGAUGCAGUUUUCCCAGUAGCUAGAUUUACCCGGCCUAUCUUAUCAGCUUCUAAUAACGCAGACAGCGGGCAUUAUGGCCAUAUAUUCGCCUAGUUUCAUAUUUAUGGAUUUUGCUGUUCUAGACUUG